UUUUACGGAAAUAGUAAUACUCCAUAUUGCAAAACUUCUUCAACCCAAUAGCUCCAAAAAAGUAAAAACAGUAAACCCUUGGUCGGAAAGUGUUGACUGUUGCAACUGCAAGUACUCUCAGCUCUCAGCUUUUGCUCGGCUUCUCUCAAAUCUCUAUGAUGCAAAUUUUCGUGAAAACUCUUACGGGCAAGACUAUUACUCUGGAGGUCAAAAGCUCCGACACUGCAGACAAUGUCAAGACUAAGAUUGAGUACAAGGAGGGGAUCCCUCGAGAUCAGCAAAGGUUGAUCUUUGCUGGGAAACAACUAGAAGAUAAUUGCACGUUGGAUGAUUAUAAUAUCAGGAAGGAAUCAACCCUUCAUUUGGUCCUCCGUCUCAGAGGAGGGAUGCAGAUCUAUAUUAAAACUCUGACAGGAAAGGUCAUUACCCUCGAGGUUAAAAGUUCUAAUACCAUUGACAAUGUUAAGUCCAGGAUUCGGUACAAGGAAGGCAUUCCUCCAGACCAGCAGGUGCUGAUCUUUGGUGUGCAUCGGCUAAAGAACGGUCGUACUCUUGCUGAUUAUAACAUUCAGGGUGAGUCUAUACUCCUCUUGGAUCACUACUGUGGCAGAAUGCAGAUUUUUGUUGACCUUGAUGGUAAAAUUAUCCCCCUUGAAGUUGAGAGAUCUGACACAAUUUCCAGUGUUAAGGCCAAGAUUCAGGAUAAGGAAGAAAUUCCUCUGGAUCAUCAGAUACUGAUCUUUGCUGAUGAACAGCUUGAGAAUCACCGUACCUUGGCUAAAUAUAACAUUCAGCAGGAUUCGGUACUCCUCUUGGUUUGCUGCCUCACUGACAGCAUGCAGAUUUUGGUGAGGAACCUUGUUGGUGGAGUCAUUACCUUUGAAGCUAAAAGAUCUGAUACAAUUUACGAUAUUAAGGCUAAGAUUCAGGAUAAGGAAGGAUUACCUUUGGAUCAUCAGAGGCUGAUCUUUGCUGAUAAACGGCUUGAGAAUGGCCGCACCUUGGCAGAUUAUAAUAUUGAGACGAAGUCGAUACUCCGCUUGGUUCUUUGCUUCUGUGGCAGUAUGCAGAUAUUCGUGAGGACCUUUUCGGGAAGAACCAUCACCCUAGACAUUGAAAGCUGUGACACAGUUGAUAUUCUGAAGGCUAAGAUUAAGGAUAGGGAACGAAUCCCUCCACAUCUGCAGAGUCUGAUCUUUUCCGGUAAACGGCUUGAGGAUGGCCGUACAGUGGCUGAUUACAACAUAACAAAGGGAUCAACCCUCCAUUUAAAGUUUUUAUCCCGGGUUGAAAUGCGAAUAUUUGUGAAAACUCUUGCUGGUAAGACCAUCAAUUUGGAUGUUCAAUGCUCAGACACUAUUGAUUAUGUCAAGGCUAUGAUCCAAAAUAAGACAGGAAUUCGACCAGGCCAGCAGAGAUUGAUGUAUGCAUGCAAGCAGCUUGAGGAUGGUCGUACAUUAGCAGACUAUAACAUUCAGAAGGACUCGACGCUUCACUUGAUGCUUCCUCUUCGUGGUAAAAUACAAAUUCUUGUAAACACACCUGCGACUAUGCAAUGAGAGUUUCACGUACAGCAACAAGGGAGGGUGGGGAUCAGGAAUUGCAUCUAUGAUCAAUAUGUAAUAUAUAUUAGCGAUGAACAAAUUGUCUUUGACUCGUUACCAGUAAUCUUGGUGAAUUAAACACUUUUCAUGGUUAUUAAAUCAAUGAACUAAGUUCUUUUGCA